AUGGCCGCACCACUAGACAUCGCCGACCUUCUCGAGCGCGAGGAAAAGAAGGCAAAAGACAGGCUCAGACAGGCACAACUCGGCACAGAUGGCGGCGGCGAUCAGGUCAUGGCCGAGACAACACCAGAGCCUGAGCUCAAAUCAAGCCGCGAUCCGCGUCGACUGGACCGCCCUGCCGACCUCGACUCACCACGCACAAGCAAGCCCGACGACGAAACCCGGCGUGAUUGGUCCUCGAAAGACAGGUAUACGAACGAGCGGGAAGAGAACGACGAGCGCCGCGCCCGGCGAUCCCGCGAGGAUGAAGCGAACGGCGGCAGUGACAAGGAAAGUGCUAAUGGAAGUGUGCGCAGCAAGCGUAGAAGUCGCUCACCAAGGCCAGAUAGCCGUCGUGGACACCGGGACCGCCGAGAUGACUACUACCGUCCUGGAGCGAGAUCCUCAGUCGAUCGCGAUGAUGACUUUCAUUACCGCCCCAAAGGAGAUCGUCGUCGUGACGACCGACCACGUAGCAGAGACCGCGGCUCUGGUCGGGAUCGUGGUGGACGCGAUGACCGUGAUCGUCGUGGUGGUGGUGGACGUGGUGAGCGUGGUGAUCGCGAUUCCCGUCGUUCUCCACAAGGCGGCAAACCAACUGAGCCAACUGAUGAUGAGCGCGACAGGCGUACCGUUUUUGUGCAGCAACUUGCUGCUCGUCUCCGAUCUCGUGAGCUUAAGGACUUCUUUGAGCAGGCUGGAUCCGUGGUGGAUGCACAAAUCGUGAAAGAUCGUGUCAGUGGACGCUCUAAAGGUGUAGGAUACGUUGAGUUCAAAGAAGAGGAGUCUGUACAAAAGGCUAUUGCACUUACCGGGCAGAAGCUACUGGGCAUUCCUAUCAUUGCACAGCUCACCGAAGCAGAAAAGAACCGCCAAGCGCGCACCACCGAGGGUACCGCUACCCAGUCGAACGGCAUUCCCUUCCACCGCCUUUAUGUUGGCAAUAUCCACUUCUCCAUCACCGAGGACGACCUGAAGAACGUCUUUGAGCCAUUUGGCGAACUCGAGUUCGUACAACUGCAAAAGGAAGAGGCUGGACGCUCGAAAGGAUAUGGCUUCGUUCAGUUCAUCGACCCAACUCAGGCCAAGGAGGCUCUCGAGAAGAUGAAUGGCUUCGAGCUCGCUGGUCGUCCAAUUCGUGUUGGGCUCGGUAACGAUAAGUUCACCCCAGAGUCCACGCAGUCUCUCCUGCAGCGAUUUGGAGGCGGGCAAGCCAACACUCAGGGGUCAUCCUUCUCCGGGAUGGGUGGCCGCGGUGCUCACGCUGGUGGUACAGGCAACUUCGACCGAACGACGGCUCGUGACGUCGACAAGACUGGCGGUGCUAGUGCACUCGACGAUACUGACGUCGGUGGUGUCAACUUCAGCAACUACAGUCGUGAUGCGCUCAUGCGUAAGCUGGCGCGUACUGACGAACCAGAGCAGAAAAUGGCUCCAAAGACUCAACAGGUUAAGAAGGCUGUUGUCGAACAGCCCACUGCUACCCGCUGUGUGCUCUUGAAGAACAUGUACGACCAGAACACAGAGACUGACCCGAACUGGCAAGACGAGCUCAAGGAAGACGUCAAGGGCGAAUGUGACGAGAAGUAUGGCAAGGUCGUUCACAUCGGCCUUGCACUCGACAACAACGAUGGCGAAAUCUACAUCAAAUUUGACCGUGUCCAGGGCGGCGAGAACGCUAUUCGAGGUCUCAACGGCCGGUGGUUCGGCGGACGCAUGAUCACCGCUCAGUACGUGGUCGAUGCAGUCUACCACAUGAACUUCCCAAAGGCCGCGCAGGUGUAG